UGUUUGGGUCCUUUCAAUCGCACGAGGACGUCCUUAUGCUUCUGUGUCCAUGGUCAGUUUAGAUUUUUACUGUAUAGUGUUAUUUAAAAACUUCUUUCAGAAUGGACCUCGAUAAAAACCCAACUUCAGAAGCUAGCGCAGUCACGGAGAGUAAAGAUGACACAGAUUCCUUCACAAAGGUAAAGUCUAAAAAGAGUCAGAAGCGGAAACGUGAUCAACAAGGAGCGGACAUGGACACAGAGGAGCCCGUGGCGAAUAAACGGCCGCAGUUUCCACCUAUUUCCGGCGACAAAUUACGGGGACCAGAUGAGAUGCGCAAAAUUCCUGUUCCGGCUCACAGAUACACCCCCCUGAAAGAAAACUGGCUGAAGAUUUUCACUCCCAUUGUGGAAAAUCUUCAUCUCCAAGUCAGAUUCAAUCUGAAAACCAGGAAUGUUGAAAUCAAAACAUGCAAAGAAACAGAGGACAUCAGCUCACUCACAAAGGCAUCAGAUUUUGUUAAAGCAUUUGUUCUUGGGUUCCAGGUUGAAGACGCCCUGGCUCUCAUCAGAUUAGACGAGCUUUUCCUUGAAAGCUUCGAUGUCACAGAUGUGAAACCUCUGAAGGGAGACCACUUGUCCAGAGCUGUUGGAAGAAUAGCAGGAACAGGAGGAAAAACUAAAUUCACUAUUGAAAAUGUGACAAAGACUCGUAUUGUACUUGCAGACACAAAAGUCCACAUAUUAGGUUCUUUCCAGAAUAUCAAGAUGGCCCGGACAGCAAUUUGUAACUUAAUCUUAGGAAGUCCACCUUCAAAGGUCUAUGGCAACAUCAGAGUGGUGGCUAGCAGGACCGCAGAGAGAUUCUGAUCAGUUCCUCCAUAGAGCCAGGGACAAGUUGGUUGUUGGACAAUGUGUUUUCUACAGUGGCCUUACGUUUUCAGUGGUUACAUGGAAGUUUUGAUCAGCUGGGCUCAGAUGUGAGGAAUAAAAUGAUGAUGCACACAUUAACGGAAUGUGGGUAUUUAAGAGUUCUAUAAAUAAAUAUAAAAAAAAAUCUUUAUUCAGUUUGGAUGAAGAUUUGAUGAAUACUAAAUUCUGACUGUUUCCUUUAUUUGUAUAAUUAACGUUUGACAGUGAAAGUUAGCAGCAUAGGUGCAAAAUAUAGUACUCUGCAGGAGUCUGGAGCCAACCCGGCAGGGAUUUAUUAAAACUUGUGCAAACAUAUAAAAAUAUUUUUCCCCAAAGUGAUUUUUAUUUUAUCCCCGUUCCGUUGAGGUUCGGGCCCUGGGAAGGAUUCAUGGCUCCAUCAGACCUGCUGGCACCAAUUUUCACUCCCGUCAUUUUCUCAUUUCCCUUCAUUAAAAAUGGUCUCCUGACAGUCAGUUUCAUAGAAACUAUUUAUGAUGAGGCCUCAGUGAACAGUAGAUGGGUCCACCUUUCAGGUUCUGACAGAUUUUUCUUUCCCCCCCAACAUUUAUUUUACCACUAUACAUGUGCAACUCUUUGGGCCACAGAGUCUCAUUUCCAACCUGUCCACAAAUACAAGUAGUUAUAAACAUACAAUAUAUUCAUGUAAUUUUACUAUUACACUUCACUUUCAGAUGUUAAUCUGCUGUAGAUGGUUUCAGGCCUUCCAUUUGUCUGUGGCAUAAAUAUUUUGUGCCCGUCUGUUAUCUUUGGUUUUUCCCAUAGAUAAAAUUAAACUGGAGCAAAUUGUGUGAACAGAUUUUUAGGUGAAAUGUGCUUUAUAAAAAGAAAGGAAAGAGACUUUAUACUUUCAACAUUUCAAAGUUUAUUUAAAUUUUAUUUCAUUUUCAUACAGUAUCAAGUUUCCAACAGUCCCACAGCAUAAGAUGCAGCAUGCAGAAAAAGGAAAAAAAAAGGUUCUCAAACUUAAAACUUUUCAGAUUUCCCCACACAAACUAAAAAGAACCCAAGUCCCUCAGAGAAAAAGUAGCACAAACUAAAGCGCGGUCUGAACUAUACAGAGAACAGAGAGCCAAAACUGCAUUUAACAAAUACUUAUAUACAAAAGAAAGAAAGAAAAAAAAAACAUCAAAUUUCCCCUUUAAGCUGAGUACAGUGUGUGGCAGUUUGAGACAGGAUCAGAUAUGCAACUUUUACUGGAAUCGAAGCAUCUCGCUGACCCGGGUAAAAUACAAAAAGUUACAUGUAGUUCAGUUCAUUUGGAUUACCUCUCAUAAUAUGUGUACAUUUACCAAAGUUUGGCAACAUCCAUAUUGUAUACCGUUAAAUUCUUAAAUAUAUUAACAUCACCAUCCAUGUGUAAACAAGAGGAUUAUUUCAAAAUUGAUCUACAUGCACAACAAAAAAAUAUACUUCCAUGUCAUGCAAGCACAGGGAGGCCCAAGCCGUGCAGAGCUUUGGGAUGGGGGGGACAAUAGAGCACUCCAGAUCUGACUGAAAACUUCUGUUCAAACCAGCAGUCGGCCUCCAAAGCAAAG